AUAGCGCAAGCGCGAUAGCUGCAGACAGCGGGCAGGGUGGGCAUGGGCAAGGUAUGAGACAGGUCGAUGAUGAAAUCGGUGGCGAGUCCGGCGCUGGAUGGGGUCUGGGGAAGACCGGCAAGGUUCUGCUCGGGUGUGCUGCGGUGACUGGGGUUAUGGCUGCGCUCGCCGCGCCGUUUCUCACGCCGGUCUUUCGCAAGUUUACUAUUCCGUAUGUGCCAGCAGCUCCGACACAGGUUCGGAUGGUGCUGGAUCAGAUCCCGCGGCUGGACAAGGGCGCGCGGGUGGUUGAUCUGGGUUCGGGCGACGGGCGGGUGGUCAUUGCGGCUGCCAAGCGUGGGGCGAUGGCGACCGGGUACGAGAUCAACUACUGGCUGGUGCUGUACUCGCGGUGGCGAGCGUGGCGCGAGGGCGUGUGGGCGCAGACGACGUUCCGCAAGGCUGAUCUGUGGAAGACCGACCUCUCUGGCUUUGACGCCAUCGUCGUCUUUGGCGUUGCCGAGAUGCUGGCCCAGAUGGAGUCCAAGCUCAAGGCCGAACUUGCCGACAACGCCCAGGUCAUUGCCUGCCGGUUCAAGAUGCCCAACUGGGACCCGGUUGUGACUAUCGAGAAGGAUCAUCUCCAUUCGGUCUGGGUCUACACCCGCGACUCGAUCAACGAGGCCACCGGCCAGGAGAAGGACACUUUUAGGCGAAUGCUGUCCUGCGCCCCACACAUAUGA